AUGUUUCGUCGACUGCAGGUUGUUUCAGCCUUGGAGGACGAUGGGCGCAUGCUCCUGCGCCUUGGUCACAUAGGUUAUGUACAGGGCUUCCCGCAUGGAUGGCCUAUGCCGACUUUGACACGCAAAGGGGCCCACGGAUCGAACAGACCCUGGGCUCCAGGAUCCACCGAAGAUCGACCUCGGGACUUUGGGACCUCUGCAGACUUCUCCCUAAGGCUGCAGACCCCUCUGCUUGCUGACCGUGAGGGUGGCAUGAGGAGCCUGACUGCCACUGAGCAGAACGUGAUCCUCAAUUUCGGAGAGGUGGACUUGGCUGCCACGGUGGCGGCAGCCAGCUCUGGGGCCCACUUCUACGGUGAAGAUGCUCACAGUGCUCACAUCAACUGCCUCCGAUCAGGAGGAACCUGCGGUCUUGAGAGCUUGACGUUUAGCGCCUGCGGCAGUGUGUCUCCAGGAAGCGGUGGCGUGCCCUGCGCAAAUCUCAAAGCUCUGUACAAGCCAGAACAAGCCUUCGUGCGACACUCCUUGGUCCGCAGACCGGCAGGACCUGGCUUGAUCCUCCAGGCGGGCUUGGAGGAGACGUCCCUGGAGGCACAGAACAUCUUGGUGAUCUCCUCCGUGGGCCCAGCUAUCACCCUGACAACGAGGGGCGCCGCGGCUGCCAACAACACGGAGUCCUUGACGGUGCAUCACAACCAGGUGGUCUCCCCACGACGGUCCGCCGUGGGCUUGCCCUUCUUGCGGCAGACCGUGGGUUUCAAGAUCAUGACUGGAACUGCUUCCUAUCGUCACAACUUCGCCACAAAAGCAGAGGCAUGUUUCAGCUUCGAGCCCAGAGAGGACUCGGAGCUCGUCCCUCGAAGCCCUCAUUUGGUGGGCCGGCAAUCUUCUCGGUGGUCGUUGGUGGCCUUCGAGGGAAACGCCGCGCAUGACUGCUUAUACGGACUGCGAGUCCCGCAAGAGCUGCGUCAAGGCAACACUCAGGUCUUCACCGACUUCACGGUCUUUGCCAGUCAGUUUGCCUAUUACGUUCGUGCCUGCGAUCGCUGCCGUCUGGUGAACUCCGCGUGGGUGGAGACCACAGCUGGCGUCUACGAUGAGGACUCUGCACCUGUGGUCACAGAUGACCCAUGGAUUGAGAACGUGACAGCCGUGGGUACUCGCUUCCUGCCGCAGUGGGCCAGCGUAACCAUGGAGCCGCAGAUAACACUCAGCGCACGAGAAGGACGACAUCUUCGCAACAUCACCUUCUUUCUCUUCGGCAACAGCCCUUGCUUGUAUGGGGGCGAGUAUCCGGUGACGAUCCGUGUGGAGAAGCUCCGCUUCUAUCGGAGCCUCGUCGAAGUUUACACGGCGGGCGGGGCUGGGUAUUCGAUUUUUUCCGACCUCGAUGGCUCCCUUUCCGGAUAUGUGGGAGGCUCAGUCACCGGCGACAAGUUGUACAAUCGCCACUCUGCCUGCCACAGCGUGGGAACGCAGGAUUUGAGCCUGCGACUCCUCUGUGACGCGAGCAUCUUCAUCAGGCCACUUCACAUCGCAGGAAUAGAGCCGGCAGAGCUUGUGGGGAAAGACCUGACGGUGUGGACAAUUUUCGGACACGGCAACGUGCCCUACCGCGAAGGCUGGCACAUGGCAGUCGUUUCGGCGAAGUUCCAGGAUCAACUCGUUUGGCCGACGCGCCGGUGGGCCGAGACCGGGCCGACCCCCAUCGAGUGGCGGAUGCUGCCCUUCUGGUACACGCUGCGCCCCGACAGCAAUGUCGACUUUCAGAAGAUGCGCGUCAGUUUCGGCUCGCCCGGCCUAAUGUUGGCCACGGAGUGGGUGGGCAUGCACUUCCCGUACAGCUACUCACCUGUGCGGCGGUUUGAGUCCUCCGGCAUCUCCGGUUCUUGCUUCGAGCCUUAUUUUGACUGGCUCGACCGUGGUGGGUACGGCCUGUGGAUUCCGGAGGUUGUCUUCACAUCUACUGUCACAUCCACCACCUCCUCGAGUACCAGCACCACCCUCACCUCGAUCUCCUUCACUUCCACCACAACCUCUCUCUCCUCAAGUACCAGCACAGCCACUACCACUGCAACCGAUGAAGAUGACUUCAACGACACCAACGACACGAAUGACACCAACGACACGAACGCAACUACCGAGACGUCAACACAAACCACCACAACUAGCACUUCUGCGACCGCGACUUCCAGCUCCACAACCUCGAGAACAGGAACUUCUACAACUUCAACAACUUCCUUGUCCACAACUACCAUUACACGCACUACAACUUCCCGCACUUCAAGUACCACAACCACAACGUACUUAGGCACACGGACGAGCACCUCGACCGAGACGACGAUUACCAUGACGACAACGACUACCAGCACCUCAACAACAAUCCCACUGGCAGCCCCAUUGCGGGCCCUGAACAUCUUCCCUGAGCCUCGCUUUGGAUGUGCAGCCCUGUCAUUUCUCUUCGAGAUGUGCGAGAGGGCUUCCGGCCUGAGCUUCGGCCCCUGCAUGCCAAAUGGGCCGGUGAUCGGCUGGACCAACCGGACAGAAAUGGUAAAUGCAUCGCUGUUCGCGAAUGGAACUUUGAGCAUGGUGAUGGGUAACCGCGAGCAAGGGAACUACCAAGAUCCGAUGGUGGCAGACCUUGUGAACACCGGCUGUGGAGAGGGUGGCUGUGCUUUCUUCGAGGAGGCGCGCGUGGUCAUGGGCCCCCCUGGAAAUUGGACAUUGCCGGAAUCAUGGCCAGGUCGGAACUUGCCACAGGGAGUGGAGACCCUUGUGAACAUUCCGCCCUACUACCACAUCGUUUACAACAACUUCACAGCCAUUGGACCUGUUGGCGACCUAAAGAUUCACGGGAAGCUGUCCUUGGCUGAAGAGGAGGGCUUGAAGUUGCUGGUCAAGUCCAUCCAGGUCUUUGCUGGAGGCCAGUUUCAGGUGGGUACCUCAUGGGCGCCUCACAAGACAACGGCGAUUAUCUCCUUUUGGGGGGCGAGCUUCGACUCCGACCCGGCUUACAUUUCUCUAAACCUGGACUGGGGCAAGAAGGUCUUCGGAGUUUACGAGGGCAACGUGAGCCUCCACGGCCGGCCCUACACUCGCGUUUGGGGGGACCUCUUCGCCCCGGUUGGGCCAGGAGACACAUUCAUUCGAGUCCAGCAGGAUGUGGCCGAUUGGCCUGUGGGUGGCGAGAUCCUCUUGACGACAAGCGAGUACCCCAACCCGGAUGGAAGCGAUACCUACACCGAGCGCCGCAUCAUCACAAGCAUCGUCUUCUACGCGCCCUCCACGGAGAUCACCAUAGACCGGCCCCUGGAAAAACAUCACUUCGCGGGCGAGGCGUUUCGAGACAGCAGUGGAAGCCUCACCGUCAGGACGAUCGUUGCCCUGGUGAGCCGCACAAUCCUCGUGACCACAGAGGAAGCUCUCAUCGGCGCAGAGAAGUUCCCGGAUCCGGAACUGGGUGUGCCUAAUCCCGGGCAUGGAGGAGAGUGGUUCGGCUUCCACAUGCUGGCGGCGGGCUCCUCCUUCGUGUCCAUGUCCUGGGUCCAGCUCGACCGGGGAGGACAGGAUGGCAUAACAGCGGAUACUCGCUUUCCCGCCCUUCAGUUCUAUCACCCACAGAACUACUUCGGAGGACUUCCGAGCCCUUACCUGGAGGGACUCUCGUUCUCGGAUAGCAUCAUGGGCGCUAUUGAAGUCCUCGGCAGCUGGGGAAUGGACUCGGUGAACGCUUUGUUUGUCGGGACGAGGGGGUCGGUCAUCAAAGCCGACAUGGACGUCGGACCUCUGUUCAUCCUGCAAAACCUAGCUGUUAGCACGCGGCGGCCACCCGAGCGGGUGUCACUCGGGCUGCCCUACGAACCAAUGUCUGUGUUCCAGCUUCAGGCAAAGCCGCCGGUCUUCGCCGGCAACAUCGUUGCAGGCUGCGAGGACAUUGGCUUCCUUCUGCGGCCACAUACAUGCGAGGAAGUGCAGCAGCAGGCUGCAGAUUCCACUGCGAACAUGCCGAAUGAGGUGUUCGGAUGUGUCGUGGGCUUCUUCAUGCUGAGAUCCUGCUCCACUGCGGGGGCUGGGCCCAGCAGCUGCCCCGACAGCUAUGACUGCGUGCACCUGACCCAUAUGAGGGCAUGGAAGAAUGCACACGUGGGAAUUCUCUUCGUGGACCAGCCUGCAAACAUGGAGGUCUCGGACGUGCAACUCUUCGACAACCACAUCGGCAUCACUGGAACUUUCCAUCGGAAGAUGGGUGACAUGCUCCACUCUUUCACGAUGCGUGACAGCAAGGUGUACGGCUCCACAGCGCUGUCCAACUGCAACGCCUCGCUCCAGUGCUUGGCAGUUGGCCCCGGGGAGGCCUCUCCUUCCGGCUGCUCCUCUUUGCCGGGACCGGAUGUGCGACGGGUUGGCAUUCUGUUGCCCAUCAUCACCAAUCGCGGGAAGACCUGUGAGGACGGCCCCGUCUUGCGCGCAUGUCCUUUGGCCAACCUCCCCGACCGCAACUGUGCUCUGCCCUGGGAGAGCCGCUACGGCACACGUGGUUCCAGGAUGUCGGUCUUCCGUCUCGAAGAUGUCAACUUCGGGGCCUUCUAUGCAGAGGACUGCGGAAUGCGUUCGGUGGCAAUUGCUAACAACCCCAGUUCUCGAGACUGGAAUCCCAUUCUCGAAGUCCGUGGACUGUCGUGGGCGGAGACGAGCUUUAUGCCAAAGUACUUGACAAAUGCUUCAAUGGGCUAUACCGGGCCGCCUCCCCUGUAUGACCAUGUUUACACCAACACGCGCAUACUGUUGGAGCCGUGGUGGAGGUACCCCGGCGAGGAAACUUGUUCACGACAUCCACUCGUUACUGAGACUGCUCGGCUGAAGCUGGGAAUGGAAGGCUCUCCGCCCAUCUGCCCUGGAGUUCAACAAACGUGGGUCCGAGAUCUGGAUGGAUCUCUUCUGCGCGAGAGUGGCGUCGCGCUGCCGACCGGCGGGCUUUUGCCGAGCUCCUGCGAUUCGCAGACCUCGAGUUUCUUGAUGGCGACCUACGUUCCCAGUGCUUGGCCACGGCGCUGUGGCAAUGAGACAACCGCGCAGUGUCCCGCAGGCGCCCAUUUCGCAUACACGCUGGAGGGGGGUCUUACCGUCUGCCAAGACCGACUCCGGCUGCUGAAUUGGGAGAACCUGGACCCCGACUGUUGCGGUUUUCAUCGCCGCGAGUUGGGACUGCUCCGUGCGACACGGCUCAGCGAUGGCAUGUACGAGGACCAGAUGGCAUGCUUGCUGCUCUUGCGAUCAGCUGUUGAAUUGUGCGACGAUGACAGUUGCAUUUCGCAGCUCGGCGCAAGGAGUCCUGGCCCAUGUUUGACGAUGACUGCGCUCGUGGUUGCUGGGUCAGAAUUGAUGAUUGAAUUUGCAAUUUGCGUGUUGGGGUCAGGGCCACAUGCUAUCAGAACUUUGCGCCGAUGUUGCCAACAUGGGCGGCAGUUCCUCUCGUGUAAGCCUACGAGUCGGAGCGGAUUCUAG